AUGUCGAGAGAAACAAAGAGAAGGAGGAUAAGCUAAACAGAUAUGGAUGAUGUUGGGCGAAAAAGAGGAAGAACUCGCCUCCAAAACCAAAAACGUGGUAUAGGUAGAGAAUUAAAGCGCAUGCCAAACCCUGUUCACCAUCCUUUGUCAUCUCUCUCCAAGGACCCAGGUCUCAUCUCUUACAUCCUUCCCUCACACUCAGACACUCUCUUCAGCCGCCUACAUAGCCUUCAGGAAGAAGAACUACUCCUGGACUACAUUUUUCCCCUCCAAGGCAACUCCUUCAAAGCUCACAGACUUGUGCUGGCAGCUGCCAGUCGAAGCCCCUACGCAUUUUUUGACUCGAAACAAAAACCGGGGCUUGGAUUGCAGGAAAUCGGCCAUGGCUUGACCCCGCUUGGGUUAAGGGUCGUUCUGGACUUCGCGUACACCGGGGGCGUGGCCGUGGACUUGAGUAAAGAGGGGGUAAUGGAGGAGGUGCUUGAUGCUUGCAGGUGCAUGGAGAUGGAGAGGCUGAGGCAGAGGUGCACGUCAAAGGUCGCGACCUCUGCAGCCACGGAGAGGGAGAGGAGCUUGGCGAUCAUCAAGGACAUGUGGGAGAGAGGUGUCGGUUGUGACGUCACAAUACAGGCAGAGAGUGGAGAGAGAUACUCAGCCCACCGUGUGGUGUUAGCAGCAGGUGGGGACUACUUCCGGGCACUGCUCUGCGGAGGGUUGCGGGAGUCCAGCGAGGACGUUGUGUGCCUGCGAGGCGUGGCCUCCCGGGUCAUUGAGUCCAUGCUGGGCUUCAUCUACACGGGUCAGCUCAGGCUGGGCUGGGGCCAGAUUUGGGAGCUCACGGAGGCACUGUUUCAGUUCCAGCUGCGGGGGGCGCUCUCGCUGUGCAUCGACUUCCUGUGGGACAGAAUGGAUGAAAGCACCUGUCUGGACGUGCUGGUCCUGGCUGAGACCUACGGGCUGGUCCAGCUGGGGCAGGCUGCAGAGGAGUACAUCCUAGCCCACUUCCAGUGCAUCUCUGCGGGGGAGAAGUUCAAGGACGUCCCCUGUUCCUUCCUGGGCAAGUUGCUUCAAAAGGACUCCUUGUGUGUAGAGAGUGAGAUAGUGGUGUUCAGGGCAGUGGUGAGCUGGGUGGAGGACGACCCAAAAGAGAGACUCCCACUUCUGCCAGACCUGCUCCACCAUGUUCGUUUCCCACUCCUCAGAUACUCUGAGCUCCAGGAGGCGAUGAGCUGCGGCCUCCUCCGCAGGACCUCCUCAGCCAGAGGUACUCUGGAGUUACUCCGGAGUCUCCUGGAGGGGGAUUACAGAGGGCCUGAAUGCCGACCUCGCACCCCAAACCAGGUCCUGGUUCUGGUCUGUGGGGACACUGUCGACGAUGAAUUCAUGAAGAGAGUCCCCAGCCAGACCCUGUGGUUCGCUCAGCAGUUCCACCGUGGACCCGGUCGAAUUAGAAGCAUAGAGUGGAAGCCAUUCGCCAGGAUCCCUGAACCGGCCCGGUUCAGACACUGCGUCUGUCUCCUCAACAACAAACUGUAUGUCCUGGGAGGACGCAAGUACUACGGAGUGCUGGAUAUCCUCAAGUCUGCCUUCAGGCUUGACCUGUCUCAGUGUAAAUGGGAACGACUGCCUGACAUGCUGUGCCAAAGGGACUACUUUUCUGCUGUGUGUCUGGACGGUAAGGUCUUCGCUUUGGGUGGUAACCGUGACGACAGCGAAUACCUGGAUGCUGUGGAGUACUACACUCCUGAGGAAAACACCUGGAGACGGGCUCAGCCGCUGGACGCAGCUGUCUGCGGCCACGCUGCAGCCGUCCUGAACGGCCACAUCUACAUCUCCGGAGGCUGUGACCCCCGUCAGCGCUGCCUUGCCUCUAUGUGGCACUACCACCCUUCCCGCGGGUGUUCCACCAGAGCGCCGAUGACCGUGGGAGCGGGACGUGCGGGCCACGUCAUGCUAGCCUUGGGGAGGGGGUUGGUGGUAGCCGGGGGGCUGCAGCCGCUCUGGACGGGCUUCGGAGACCAACUCCUUUGUGAACUAUAUGACGCCACGCGUGACUCCUGGUCCUCCAUCCCCGCCCUGCCUCGACCUCAUCUGUCGCCAGGGGCAACCGUGCUUGACGGGCGGCUAUACGUGAUGGGAGGGUCUUCAGCAAACACAGCAAGGGAUACCAAGUGGGUGCAUCGCUACGACCCCGUGGAGCGGUGCUGGGAAAACCUGGGGGCUAUGCCACACCCGUACACAGAUCUGGCAGCUUGUUCCCUGCCCCUCCCUGACCUAUCUGAUGCCCAUUACUGUAGUGGUUCAAGAAAAUCCCAGUAA